GUCCUGGGAUUUUGACUCAAUCUCUGCUUGAUGCAGGUUUUAGAGUGGUAGCUCUGGAAAGUAACUCAGAUUUUCUUACAGACUUACAGUCCCUAGAGAGUAGCCUGGAUGGGCGGUUAAAGGUGAUUCAUGGUGACUUCUUCAGAAUGGAUCCUAUGGCGAAGGGAGCUUUGAAACCACCUGCUGUGUCUUCUGAAAAACUUUUUAAAACCCUGGGUGUAGCAGCAGUUCCUUGGAGGGCAGAUGUACCUUUGAAAGUUUUUGGAAUCGUGCCACAACAGUUGGAAAGAAACAGACUUUGGAGACUUCUUUUUGCCAUGUAUGAAUGCAGUUCCAUAUACAGAUACGGGAGAGUGGAACUCAACCUCUUCAUAAGUGAAAAAGAGUAUACGGUAUUAACAGCAAAGCCUGGGAAGUCAAAGAUUUAUCAAGCACUUACUGUACUUGCACAACUAGGGUAUGAGAUUGAACUACUGCAUAAGGAACCUUGGUCUUCAUUUGCAACCAAUUUGAAAAAUGGGGGACUGGCCAUACCAAAAGCUGGGCGGCUGCCAAAUGACCAUUUCUGUUUGGUACGACUGACUCCUCAGCAAAAUCUAUUUACAGGAGGCUUGAAGCCCUCAAAUGCAUCUACCUUUAUUUUCAUGGUGAAACAGUCCUUUGCUAAACCUAAGUCUAAACUUACUGAUAGAUUAAAUUCCUGGAGCUUGGACAAUAGUGACAGAUUACUGAAAGCACUAGAAAUUCCCAGAAAUGCUUCAAUGUAUAACUUGUAUCCAGAAGACUAUAAGCGUCUUUUUGAGGCUUUGCAAAACUCUCAUUUGUUUGCUGAGACCUUCUUCCAUGAUGAAGUCUUGACAAGUACAAGGACCAUGAACUUAUUAAUCUAAAGCUUUUGGAAGAUCACUUUUGCUUCUGGAAGAUUACUUUGAUAAAAAGUGAUUUAAAUAAAAUCGGAGAUACUGUUAGCUAGAUGACUUCCUGUCCAAACAGGAAAAAUUUAGCAAUUAACAAGAGCCCUUCUACUUAGGAUGAAAGUAAAGAAUUCACAGUUAUCUUCCACAAUCCUAUCUGGAAUGGACAAGCCUGCACACAAUCCUAUCUGCAAUGGACAAGCUUUGCAACUUUUGCAGGAGCUUAUUAGCUCAUGCUACUUUUGGAUGUACCACUUAAAUGCAAUGUUUUGUUACACUGUUGCUGUGUAUUCACAACAUUUGAAAAAAAUUACCUGACCAAAUUAUUAUUUGUUUGGUUUUUAUUUUAAUGCUUAAUUAUUUGGAUGCCCUUUUGACAGAUUCACAGAAUACAAAGGUUUUUACAACCACUGAGCCUGCAACAUUGUCUGCUUUUCUGAAUUUGCAGCCUAAAGUCAAUAAAUGCUAAUAAAUGAA